AUGGCUACGGAAUGGUCCCUUGACUUCUGUCUUGCUUGUGACUGCCAGACUCCGGGAGGACCUUACUGCUCCCAAGCCUGCAGGCUAGCUGAGUUAGACAUUGUCCCGAAGGAGGGGGUGGGGCCACAUACAAUUGUGUGCCCACAACCAACCAGGGCCCUCAGUCUAGCUGGGCGAGUUGUAUCCAGCUCCCUUGCAAAGAUUGACGUACUUCCCGCUAGUUCAUGGGGAUCCCACUAUCCCUCCAGAGAUCUAUCACCGUCUUCUUCACAGACAUCACUCUCCUCAAUCAAGAGCAAUCCAUCGCAAUCCUUCGUUGUAUCAAGUCAGUCUAAGAACGAAUUACGUGAUUACGCAAGCAGUUUCGAUCAUGUCCGUGAUCUAAAGAGACGCUUUACGUCAUAA